AUGGCCGAAGAAAAGAAAAUUCCUGUGACGAAUGAGGGCAUGGGAAACCCUCUUUCGGCCAAGAAUCAGGUCCUCACUGCUGGUGCUGCUGUGACGCAGGAGUUUCGACCUGUGAAGCAUAUCUGCGCUCAUCUCAACGCCUUUCAUGCGUAUGCCGAUGAUCCCUCUCGCUUCGUGGAAACAAACCACUACUGCGCCCAUCUAAGUACGUCCCUUACCAACCGCUCGACUCGAUCACUAACCCCAGCAGACGAGGACGUCCGCCAAUGUCUCCUCUACGACUCCGACGAGCCCAACGCGCGCCUCAUCGGCAUCGAAUACAUGAUAAACCCCAAACUCUACGAGACCCUCGACAAGGAAGAGCGCAAGCUCUGGCACUCGCACGUCUACGAAGUGAAAUCCGGAAUGCUCAUAAUGCCGAAUCGCGCGGUGCCCGAGAGCGCAUGGCAAGUAGCUGAGAACUACGAGAUGAACCAAGUUGUGCAAUUAUACGGAAAAGUGUAUCAUUUGUGGCAGACGGAUCGAGGUGAUACGCUACCGUUGGGGGAGCCGAAGCUCAUGACGAGUUUUACGGGGGAUGGGCAGUUCGACUUUGAGAAGCAUGUCGGGGAGAGGGAUUGGAAGUUUGGAACGGAUUGGAGGGUUAAGAAGGAGGCGAGGAAGGAUAUUCCUAGUCCGGCUGUGCAUGAGGGUGAGUAUGAAUGGUCGACGAGGGAUUGCGCUAACGAUUUGUAG